AGAAUGCCAAAACUUAAACCUUUCCAGUAUGUUAGCACUAGGUUAUUGUACUUUUAAAAAUACAUCGUUUUAAUGCUGACUCUUUAACUCUUGAGUCGUGAACCUAAAUAAUUAUCAACCACUUUUAAUACUGCAAAGAUUUCUCACGUCACUAAUUAAGCAACAUAUGGACCGUAUUCAGAAGACAAGCUCAACUGACAGUGCAAUCUUUUGCAGGAGCAGGAUUACCUUGUUUCUAGGAAGCCAGCAAUGUUUUAGACUUAAUCCAGUUUUUCCCAAGAACACUUCAUAUAGGUCAUAAACUGAUUCCUUCGGCCACUAUGUGGGAAGAUGUAAAAGUAAACAAGCUCAUUGGCCCACAUGUAAAUGCUUUACCGGACGGACACAAUUGAACUCUCUGUGGUGAACUCGAACAGCACAGGGAAAUAAGGAAGUAAGCAAUAGGAACAUUAGCAAGAAAGGCCGGUCGUGGGGACUGCAGCUCAAAGAGUGACGGGAAAUAAUGGCAUUCUUGUGAAGUGUAGGCUUCUAUUUUUAAAGUCUGAUUGGACGCGAGAUGACUGAGCUUCCUACGUCACAGAUGGAAUCAGAGGGCCAGAAUAACCUUCCAUAUCAAUGAUUAGAUUACCGCAACCAGGCGAACAGCGGAUACAGGCUAUCGAAUGGACCAGCAUCCGAGCGCCCGGAGCUGCAGCAGUCGCGGAGCUGCGCCGUCCUGCGAGAGCGUCUCCGGCGAGCCCCCCAUGAAUUUGUACAUCCACUCCACCACCGGCACACGCUUCGAGCUCUCCCUUCCCGCAGAAGAGACCGUGGAAGGGCUAAAACGAAGACUCUCUCAAAGACUGAAAGUACCCAAAGAAAGACUCGCGCUGCUACACAAAGAAACACGCCUGAGUUCAGGAAAACUUCAAGAUUUGGGAAUAACGGAUGGGAGCAAGUUAACGCUGGUUCCAACAGUUGAAGCAGGCCUAAUGUCUCAAGCAUCAAGACCUGAGCAGUCAGUAAUGCAGGCGCUGGAGAGCUUGACGGAAACGCAGGUCAGUGACUUCCUGUCUGGACGGUCUCCUUUAACCCUGGCUCUGCGAGUAGGCGAUCAUAUGAUGUUUGUCCAACUGCAGUUGGCAGCUCAGCAAUCGGGCGGCCCACAGUUACAGCAUCGACAUCUCAUAUCACGUGGGAGUUCAGAGGGCACGGCAGGACAGUCUCAUGCAGCCUCAGGCUCUGCCUCUGGGAUGGCAAGGGUUUCACACAACCCUCACCCACAUCAUCCGCACCCACAUCCUCAUCGUCCAAACACAACACUCCCAUCUAACCCAGCAGCCUUCCCACCGUCCCCCUCUAUCCCAUCUGUUCCUCCCAUGUACCCCACCUCAGCCUCAGGGCACUGUAGCCCUCCACCACACCCCUCUCAACUCCCAGGAAGUUUUCUUCACUCCCAGCAGCCAUCUUCAGCCUGUCCCACCUCUCCAAGCAGCCCUAGCCCUGCAGCUUCCUGUCCAGAGACCAACUGCCCAGCAAAGACGUAUGGCAAUUGUAACACUCCCUCACGAUCCCGCAAACCAGGCGCUAUCAUCGAAAGUUUUGUGAACCAUGCUCCUGGAGUUUUUUCUGGGACAUUUUCAGGCACUUUGCAUCCCAACUGUCAGGACAGCACCGGACGUCCUAGGCGAGACAUAUGCACCAUCCUUCAAAUCUUGAAUGACCUUUUAAGUGCCACUCGGCAUUACCAGGGCAUGCCACCGUCGCUCACGCAGCUCCGUUACCAGACCCAGUGCAACAGCCCCAGCUCACCAACACCGUCGCCACCGCCUUCACCUCCCCACACCCACGGACUAAGCGGCCUGCCUACCACAGUGCCCUCUGAGACCCAGCCCACCCUCCACCCACUGGUGCAGUGUCAGAGCCAGAUCCGCAUGUGCAAGCCUCCUGGUGACCGAUUGCGUCAGACAGAGAACCGAGCCACACGCUGCAAAGUGGAGCGACUGCAGUUGCUCAUGCAGCAGAAGCGUCUGCGCAGGAAGGCCCGGCGAGAUUCCCGCGCCCCAUACCACUGGCUCCCCAACCGCAAGGCUGGACGCAGCAACAGUAACAGCAGUAUGUCUAGCGAAGGCUCCCUGGACCUGGACUUUGAAGACUCUGUGUGGAAGCCCGACGUCAAAGCUGAUAUGAAAUCAGAAUUCAUCAUGGCCUGAAGCAACAACGGUUGUGCCAUUUUGAUCAAGGAAGACUGGGGUUUACACUUUAGAGAGGAUACUUUCUGAAGACUGUGUCCAAAGACGCACAUUCAGAAUUUCGUAGGCUUCACUCCUCAUCUAUCCUGUGACCACAAAGACUUUACACAAAGGAAGAUUCACAGACUUGUACUUACCUUACAUCCUUGAUAGACUAUGAUCUUGGAAUAGACUAAAUUUUCAAAUGACGAUGUUUGGAUAUGGAUUGGACUGAUGAAUAGACAGAAUUUGGACUCAGAAUGUCCAAGAAGUAAACACAAAUGAGCAUAGCAGACGUCAUUGGUGUUGGGAUUUGUUUUUCUCUUUACUUUUUUUUUUCCCAGGGGGAAGAUCCAUACAGGCCAAAUGCAGGCACGAUGAACUAACAAAAAUCAGAAACUGAUCCUACUUCCUCCUUUUUUCCUUACAAAUGGGCAUUCACAGUUCAAGAAUCAUUUGAAGGGGGUUAUCUUUGUUUUUAAGUCCUGUUUUUCUUGAAUCAUGAUGAUUUAUGAAACAAAAUAUGUAGCAUUACCCACAAAGCAUUCAGGUUUUUUAUCUUGUAGACAAGGAAGGUUCAUUUGCACACACACACCCGUGAUUUGAACUAGACAAACAAUAUCAUAACAUAACCAAGAGAUGGCACAGUGCAUGUUUAGUAUAAAUAUAUAUAAAAAAACAUAAUAAUAAUACAAAAAUUGCUUUCUCAACAACAGCUCACUGUAGAGUCAGAGGUUCAAGUAGGAAACUAAAACAUGAAACGAAACGAAAAUAUGCUGAUGUGAUUUAAGAUGCAAGGCUUGUGAAGUAGGUUGUUUUUAGAAUAUAUAAAGAGUGACUUUUCUUUUUUCUUUUUUUAUCUCCGUGUAAACACAAACCAACCAAACGUAAAACAGCAAUUGCUCAGCAAGGCUCGAGUCAAGCUGUGAGAUGAAUCUGAUGUUAUAUAAUCAUUUAAAUACACACUGUAUCUCUCCUGUUACUGUCUAAAUGUGUAUAAUAGAGAGAGUGGUGGGGUGCCAGAGGAAUAGUUUACAAUUGUGCAUUAUAAUGGCUCGCUCUGCCAAAGUGGAAUCUCUCAUUUAUGCAUUCGACUAAAACAAACCGCCGUUCAAGGGUUUUAUCCCAGCAACAGCUUACAGUUGUGAUACAAUUUUAACAAGACUACCAAUAUUUAUUUGGCCAGACUUCUUUGCAGAUUCCCAUUUAAACAUCCAGACCGGAGCGUAUCCUCCACUCUCGAUAGUGCCUCAUAUGUAGACGCACUGACAUAUUCUAUCAGGCGUCCCACAGAGAAGACAGUUCUGCUGCUAUAUGGGACUUCUCUUUGCAUGCAAAAGUAUGAACUAUCCUGAUCCUUUUUAUACAAGAAAAUAAUAAUAAUAAUAACAACAAUACUGAGAUACUGGUGCUGAAAAGAAAAGAUAUACAAGCAUGAAUUUGUGAAAAUGGAAAAAAAAAAUCGCUUCAGCUACUUGGGAUUUUCGAAUUCGGAUUGUGAUGUUACAUAUCAGUCGCAAACCAAAACAGGACUGGAAUUCUACUGUACAUGGAUCAUUCCUGGACUAACUAACGAACAAUGGAACAUGUUCUACUCCCAACAUCCAAGGGAUCCUCAGAGCAAACCCCAACACUCCCAUCGACCUCCCAUCGGACUAACAGGGAUGUUAGCAACCAACGUUCGCCCCUAAUGACUUCUUGGAAAUAAACGUGAAAAUGUCCUGAACCACAUUGAUGUUGCACUCACUGAGUUUGCAAUGAGAUUACCUACCUGAAGGGGAACAUUGUCUUUUCCUUUUUUUCUGUUCAAGUGGCCUUAACGUUCAUUAUCGAAACACUUGCAGAGUGGUGGACAACAUAGGGAUGUUUUUGUUGUUUUUUGUCCUGUGCUUUUGUUAAAGCAUCAAUUUUCCGUGGGCAAUUUUUGUGUUUUGGAGGUGGAGGCUCUAUUAUGUCAAGGCUUCAGUGCCUUAAAGUUUUGCCCCUUCGUUGUGUACGAAAAAAAAAAUCUGAACAAAUUCGCAUUUAUGCAGGUUUUUAUCAAUUCAUAGGAGCUCUGGUAGAAUAUUGUCUGUUUUAUGGUUUGAUUGUUACAAGUCACGACCUGGAGUUCAAACAGGUUCCAUCAGUGUGUUCCAUUGUUUGUUUGAUUACGUCCCUUGAACCCUGCUGUCCUACAAAGAAGCAACAAAUUUACAUAUAUAACUGAAAAAAAAGGAAGUUUCAACUGCAGUGCUAUAGCAACAAAGUGCCCUAACUCUCAAUUGAGAUGUCCUUUAAGGACACACUGACAACAUGCACUUCCCUUCUUCUCAGAUAAACAACUUCAAUGGAUGAUUUCUCCCUCUCCCCCGAGAAAAUCAUUAUUUAAUUUUUAUAUAUGUAUGAAAUAUACUCUGUGUGUGCCUCACCUAUAUGUAAAACGGUAAAAAAAAAAGUGAAAACUGAAAAAAAGCAUAGGAGAUGAUCUGAGUUUUAGGAUAGGGUAAUUGAAUGAGGGUGGAGGGAGGGAACGGGGGGCAUUUUCAAUAGUUUGUUGGAGUUCCGAUCACAUCAUUUAAGUUGCCUGUUCUUUCUUGUAGCCAAUGAAAACUGAUUACAAGAGUCGAGAAAAAAAAAAAA